AUGAAUCAUCAGCAGACGGCUCCUCCGCCGCUACCGAAGUGGAUAGACUGCUCUGAGUUCGUUACAACGGCACGACGCCACGUCGAAUCGGAACGCCAGAUAAUUGAUAAGAUUGUUCGCACUGUGCCGCCCACCGGCGCCACUUUUGACAAUGUGGUAUUACCAUUUGCAGAGAUUGAGGAUGCCUGUGCGGGAGAGCAGAGUUUCAUUGCCGCCCUUCGGUAUGCAGCAGUCGACGCGAGAACGCAACGCGCCGUCGAAGACGCCGAACAGCUGUACCGAGACUUUGAGGCCGAAUUGGUGCAACGGAGCGACUACUUUGUUCUUCUUGAGCAGGUCGAAGGAAAAGGCAAUGGCCAUCUGCUUGACGAGGAGUGCAGACGAUAUCUGGAUAAGAUAAUGCACCUGUACACCUCGAAUGGCUACGGCUUACUUGAUCCCGCACAAUUGAAGCAAUUUCAGGAGGCCAAGCAAGAGGGUGAAGCUCUCGGGGUCGCUUUCGAGCGCAACAUACGGGAGCACGCAGACGAUAACCUGCGCUUCUCCCUCGAGGAGCUGGUCGGUGUUCCGAGGGACAAGCUUCAUCGCUGGCCCAUUUCUGCCGACGGGCAGGUAGAUGUGCCACUGCAAUGGGCCAAUGUGUGCGCGAUCACAGAGCACGCGUGUGAGAGCCGGACGCGCCAGAUCGUUCACGAGGCCUGGAGAAACCGCCUCACGAGCAUCAACAUUCCGAUCUUCAGACGCAUCGUUCUUCUUCGGCAUGAAAAUGCACGACGCCUUGGCUACGAUACGUAUGCCGAGUUCAAACUCUCUGAGCGCGUCGUGCGCUCUAUUCCAUCGGUCGAGGAACUGAUGCAACAGUUGGCGCAGCGAAUGACGCCGGCAGCUCAUGCUUUGAUUCGCGACUGCGAAACGAAGGCUUCUACAGCAAGACUGGAGGCUUGGGACAUUCCUUAUUAUCUGAAGCAAAUCCAAGCGGGGAACGGCGCUGAUUGUGAGCAGAUCAAAGAAUGGUUUCCGGCGGAAAGAACAUUCCGCUACAUGCUGGACCUGUUGGGAUCAUACUUUCAGUUGCACUUUGAUGAACUGCCGCGCGAGCAAAUCCAGCAGCACGUUUGGGCGGAAGACGUCGGGGUCUUUGCAGUUUGGGAUGUCGGUCGCGAAAACACGUUUGUGGGAUAUCUUUACAAAGAUCUCUGGGCACGGCCGCUCAAGUUUCAAGGCAAUCAGGCUGUCAAUCUUCAACCGGGUUUCGUGCGACCAGAUGACACUCGGGUCUAUCCCGUCAGCACCAUCAUGUGCUAUUUGACCAGGUCGGAAACGAGUACGUGUGCGCUGUUGGAGCAUUCGCAACUAUGGGCAAUUUGGCAUGAACUCGGACACUGCAUGCACGACUUGCUCUCCCGGACGAGAUUCUCGAGGCUGCAUGGAUACUCGUCGCCGCCCGAGUUUGUCGAGGCCAUAAGCACCAUGCUGGAGAACUGGUGUUGGAAAGCAGACGAGCUGCGAGCGAUGAGUUGCCACUUCACGCGCGAGAAUGCGCAGUGCGAACGAGAGUGGAGGGACGCGCAUCCAGGGGAGCCUCUGCCCCCCAAACAGCUCCCAAUCGAGUUGGUGGCUCGCUUGUUCGAAAACAAAACGUCUUCUCGCCGUCGAUUGCUUCUCGACCAGCUGACGGACAGCACCUUCGAUCUAAUGUGCCAUCAUCCAAAAAGCACAAGCGAUCUCGACAACCUGCUCAACACCGAUCUGACAGAGGUCUACUCUGACCUUCGCCGCCGAUUCCACGGGAGUGAUCUACCGAGACGUGGAUAUCUGCACAGCAACGCAGCACAUCUCAUCAAUAAUCAGGCUGCGGGCUACUAUACCUACCUGGUCGCCAAUGUCAUUGCAGAGGACUUUUAUGAGACGUGCUUUGCGGGCAGACAUGCCGAUUUGCACGGUUGGAAACGUCUCCGCCAAAUCGUGCUCGAGCCGGGAAGCACUCGGGAUGAGAACACAGUGAUAGAAGAGUUUUUGGGCAGGCCGCCGGACUUGAAGCCACUUUUGCGAGCGCUGUAUUUGCCAACCGAGUCAGGCUCCAUGCCUCUUGCAUAA